GUGUGGGCUCUGGGGAACCUGCUAGACUAGUGCGGUAAGCCAGGCAUAUGAACUCAGGCUGCUCACUCCACCUCUCCGUGCCUCAGCUUUCUCGCCUGUGAAAUGGAGCUCAUCCUGGCUUCCCGUGAAGAAUAAAUGAGUGAAUGCAGGUAAAGGGCUUAGGAAGGACUUGCCAGACGCUAACCGAAAUAAUGCCACAGUCUUGGUGUUUUAACUUAGAAUCCGCGGACAGCAUCAAGGUCAGGAACGCUCCCUGGUCCACUUUUGCUUGGAGUUUUAGGUAGCUGGUCUCCUCUCCCGUGCGGUUGAAGAAGAGCCUCCCUCCCCGCCUGUCCCUUCCGUGCGGGUGUCAGCGUCCAGGCUGUGUAGACGGAGCUGCCAUUGCCACCUGGAGGUCUGGGUCUGUUGGCCACAGGGCAGCUGCACACGCUGGGACUGCCGGCUAGGCCAGGACGCCUGGCAGCUGCGGACUCCCUAGCUCGGAGCAGCCCCUCUUUGUGGCCAGGAGUGAACUUGGAGGGUGCUAGAGCCUGGGAAAGGAUGCUAUUCAGCAGCCUCUGGAUCUGUCUCUGCUCUGGGCCAAUUGACCCUCAUUGACCCUGGGAGCCCAGGAGUCCUCCUCUGGAGUAAACUGGUCACCUGCAUCCCAAAGUUGGGGGCUUGACACAGUUGUCCCCAUCUCCUGGCCCAGUGGGCAUCGACCUCGCAUGGUGGAGAAGCAGCCCCAUGAAGGUGCCCAGCCAUGCAAUGUUCCUGGAAGGCCGUCCUCCUCCUCGCCCUGGCCUCAAUCGCCAUACAGUACACGGCCAUCCGCACCUUCACCGCCAAGUCCUUCCACACCUGCCCGGGGCUGGCGGAGGCGGGGCUGGCCGAGCGGCUGUGCGAGGAGGGCCCCACCUUCGCCUACAACCUCUCGCGCAAGACCCACAUCCUCAUCCUGGCCACCACGCGCAGCGGCUCCUCCUUCGUGGGCCAGCUCUUCAACCAGCACCUGGACGUCUUCUACCUGUUCGAGCCCCUCUACCACGUCCAGAACACGCUCAUCCCCCGCUUCACCCAGGGCAAGAGCCCCGCGGACCGGCGGGUCAUGCUGGGCGCCAGCCGCGACCUCCUGAGGAGCCUCUAUGACUGUGACCUCUACUUCCUGGAGAACUACAUCAAACCGCCGCCCGUCAACCACACCACCGACAGGAUCUUCCGCCGCGGGGCCAGCAGGGUGCUGUGCUCUCGCCCCGUGUGCGACCCCCCGGGCUCCGCCGACCUGGUGCUGGAGGAGGGGGACUGCGUGCGCAAGUGCGGCCUGCUGAACCUGACCGUGGCCGCCGAGGCCUGUCGGGAGCGCAGCCACGUGGCCAUCAAGACGGUGCGGGUGCCCGAGGUCAACGACCUCCGGGCCCUGGUUGAAGACCCAAGGUUAAACCUCAAGGUCAUCCAGCUGGUCCGAGACCCGCGGGGCAUCCUGGCCUCCCGCAGCGAGACCUUCCGCGACACGUACCGGCUCUGGCGGCUCUGGUACGGCACCGGGCGGAAGCCCUACAACCUGGACGUGACGCAGCUGACCACGGUGUGCGAGGACUUCUCCAACUCGGUGUCCACCGGGCUCACGCGGCCACCGUGGCUCAAGGGCAAGUACAUGCUGGUGCGCUACGAGGACCUGGCCAGGAACCCCAUGAAGAAGACCGAGGAGAUCUACGGCUUCCUGGGCAUCCCCCUGGACAGCCACGUGGCCCGCUGGAUCCAGAACAACACGCGGGGCGACCCCACCCUGGGCAAGCACAAGUACGGCACCGUGCGCAACUCGGCGGCCACGGCCGAGAAGUGGCGCUUCCGCCUCUCCUACGACAUCGUGGCCUUCGCCCAGAACGCCUGCCAGCGGGUGCUGGCGCAGCUGGGCUACAAGCUGGCCACGUCGGAGGAGGAGCUCAAGAACCCCUCCAUCAGCCUGGUGGAGGAGCGGGACUUCCGCCCUUUCUCGUGACCAGGGCUCCGCGGGUGGGGGUGAGGGGCACAUGGUGUCGGUUUUGAUAAAAUGGACCGUUUUUAACUGUUGCCUUAUCUCCCCCUCCCUCUCCGACCCUGUCUUUGUGUCCUUCUGGCCCCUCCCAGCCCCCACCCCCGGCCCACCCUCCACUUCCUUCUGCCUCUAUUUUGUCUCUGAAAUUUGCACUAUGUCUUGGACAGGAAUCACUGGGGCAGAGGGGGCGAGAAGCGGGGUACAGCCCCCAGCCCACCCCAUUCAGACACACGGAUGUUGGGUCUCUGCGUGGAUGGUGACAAUGUUUACAAGCACCACACUCACACAUUCACAUACGCACACAUGCACACACCCGGGCGCCCGUGAGGAGAGAUUCCCCAAACCAUGGAACUUCUGCAGCUUUUCCAGUGGCCCAGUGGUCAGGGUAUGGUAGUUUUUGCACUGUCUUACUUCCACAAGGUAAGAGGUUAAAAGCAAAAAGGCCACCCCUCUCUAAUUUAUGAAUGGUGUCUAAGCCCUCCCCAUCCUGCUACCUGCCCUCAAUGCCCAUCGCCCCCCCGCCUUGGAGCAGAGAACCUGCCCCCUCUCCGCCCCCUGCCCCUGCCUGCCAGUGAGCAGGUUUUUACUGUGAGGUGAAUGUGGACCUUGUUUAUUUUUUCCAGUCUGUGGCGAUGCUGUCUGUCUGUCUGUCUGUCUGUGUCUUGUGGCUGCCCCUGGACCAGUGAUGGCUGAUAAAUCUUAUGGGUUUCUGAUUGAUCUUGGGGUCCAUCUGUGAUAUUUCUUUGUGCCAAAAAGAAAAAAAAAAGAGUGGAUCAGUUUGCUAAAUGAACAUUGAAAUGCUUUAUCUGUGUUUUCUGUAAAUAAAAGAGUGCAAUAAUA